AUGGAUGACGAUGACUUGUUAAAUAUUGAUACAUCGGAAUAUAAUUUUCCCAAUGUAUUAUGGCACAUCAAGCCAACAAUUGAGAUCACCAUCAAAGCUACAGCCAUGGUGUUGGUUGGUGCCACUGGUAUUUUCCUCAACUCGGUAGUACUAAUAGUCCUCAUCAAAAAUAGAUGGCUUUGGAAUGCAAGCAAUUACCUUAUAGGCAACUUAGCCUUUGUGGAUUUGAUCACUUUGAUAUUCUGCCCAUGGUUUAUGCUUGUUAGAGAUUUUUACCAAAAUUAUGUUUUGCAGAGAUUCGGAUGUCAAUUUGAAGGUUUUAUGCAAGCUACACUUCUCUUAGCUAGUGUAGGAGCUAUAAUGUUGGUAUCCUACGACAGACUAUCUGUGGCUGCUUUAACACCCGAUGCCAAGAUUACGAAGACGUAUGUGCCAAGGCUGAUAGGAGCAACCUGGUUUGUGUCUAUAGCGUUAUCUUUACCAUGGAUUAUAAAGAGAGAGUACAUGGAAAGACAGUGGAAAAACCAUCUAGAGAAAUUCUGUGUAGAAGAUCCCCAUGUUCUUGGGAUAUAUUGGCAUUUUACACUAUCUUUGUUGGUUUGGAUUCCACUUGGUUUAAUGGUGGUAACUUAUGGCACCAUCAUGUGGAAACUGGAAUGGAGCGCUCGCAAGCUCUCAGCUCGAGGUGGAGGUCGUGCUGUAGUCAAAGCUAAAAGAAAGACAAUGAGGAUAGCAGCUUUGGUGUUACUUGUCGCUGUCAUUUGUAGAAUCCCGUAUACGAUUCUUGUGUUUUGGAGGGAUCGCUUGAGCCUGGAGAUUAAUUCGGUCCAGGGUGGUUAUGAUAUCAUGUGGUUUGCUGCUAACUACCUUAUAUACAUGGAUUGUGCAAUUAAUCCUCUAAUUUAUGGCUUCACCAACUUCAGAUUCAGAAAGGCAAUGGAUAGAACUCCAGGCAUUGCUUUAUUCAAGUUUGGUUCUUGGUGUUGUGUUUGUUCUAUGUUCAAAAGAAAUCCAGAACUCCCUAUUGACAACGCCUCGGAGAAGAUAUUCGUGAUAGAAACUACGCCGAGACCAAACAAGAAACUCGUACAUGUAAUCAAAAACAUUCUUCACAUCAAAAAGGAUACGCUAGAAGUCAGUGUUAAGGUAGACGAAGUCACAAAACCAACAAAAAUGACACCUGUGAAAAUGGAUAAUUAA